AUGUGUGGACUCGAGAUGGCGAAGAGUUUCGACAGCGAGUUCGAGCAAUGGUACCGAAUGGAAAAAGCUGCCAAGGAGUACGCGGAGGCGAAAGAGAAGGAUAAGGGCAACGUCCACCAGAUCGGAGAUGUGGUCCGUCAAGGCUCUUCGGCAUGGAUCAUUACAGGCGUCCAAGGGGUGGAGGGUCCUGCGUGGAGGUUCGCGGGGAAAGAAGAGAGCUCGGGAGCAGCAGUGAGCAUUCACUGUCUGUCCUUGAGGCAGAUGGGAGGGAACUGGCAGUUCCUAGAUAAAUUCCAACAGCGGGCUCGGCUGCUCAAGAAUGUUCGCGUCGACGGGGUUCCGAAGCUGCUGCAGUCCUUCGAAGCAGACACAGAAUCUGACAAGGCGUACUACAUGAUCUUUGAGUCUCCUUCCGAUGUCACUCUACAAGAUCUGCUCGAUGCGGGGCUUCGACCAACGGAGGAAGAGAUCAUGGAGAUCGGGGUUGCAGUCCUUGAGAUCAUGGAGGAGCUGUACGAGAAGAGGCCGCCCGUGUAUCAUUCUGCCAUCACUCCUGACAACAUCUUGAUCUCCGCCGAGUCAAGGAGAGAAGGAGGACGAGGGAUCUGGCUCUCUGGGUUCGUUCCCGACGACAAAUCCCGCACGAGAGCGCUGGCUGAGGAUGAUGACGUCUUCUCCGUUGGAGCUGUGAUGCUGCGCAUGCUCUCUGGAAGGGACCCCGUGGAGUUUCUGGUGCAGGAGAAGUCUGGGCUGGGAAUGAUGUCAAUAAGGUUUCGUGGGGAGGUGGUGAUGAGCUCAAGGCUGGCCAAAGUCGUGGAUGAAAUGCUCGCAUUCAACAGCCCAGUCUUCCGGAGCCCUCAGAGUGCCCUGGUGUCUCUCAAGCAAGCGGCGAGUGCCAAGACAGAAGCCCUAGUGACUUCACUUCCGACCGUGCAGGCAAUUGAUGUCGAGCUGAUCAGGGGCCUCGACUCCCUGCAGCUGAUGGUCCCUGCGGAUGGGAUGAGCUCGUCCACCCUGUCGACCGGAGGCUUCACAGUCGCUUGGAAUUUCGGCAUCGGCAUGUGGACUGUGAGCGCCAUCACCGGAGGAGCUCCCCUCCUCUUCACCGCCUUCUCCAUCCCCUUCUGGAUCGUGGGGGCGAGACUCGCAAGGGACACGUUCAAGUCAGCGUUGGUGGGGGUCAGGUUGAACAUGGACCGAGACGAGUUCUCGCUGCGGGAGGAGAUAGUCGGAGGGACUGAGUACAAAGUGAGGAGCGGGAAGACGUCGGAUUUGACCGAAGUCGAUCUCUUCGUCAGUGGGUACAUCAACGAGAACCCGGUCAGGUGCAUAAGGAUGGUGGCGGGUGCGGAGGUUAUCACGUUCGUUUCUGGAGUUAUGAAAUACGGGAAAAGAAUGCGAUACAUGUUCAAGUCGAAUACUUGUCAGGAACUGACUGUGAACGUUUUGGGAAUUACUUGA